UAACUCUGGGCUGGUAAGGAAGGGUUCAAUAAAGGAAGUUUCGAUGGCGUCAAAUAGUUAGCAAUCAUUCCGCGCUGUGGCGCCAGUGUAAAGGAUCUGUAAGUUUCCUUUUGUGUUUUGACUUGUCAGUCAAGUUGGAAUAUGAGACGAGGAAUUCACAUACAAAAAUGGCGAAAAGCUAUAUAAUGAACUACGCUAGGUGUAGAUGUUUUCUGGAAUCGAAUGUGUACCUAAAAAGUUUCGGUUUGCAUGUUUCAUUCAAAUCAGAGAAGCAAUUCGAAGAUUGUUACAGGAAAAAGUUGUCCGAAAUGGGUUGCACUGAUUUGAGACCUGUCAUUCACGAAAUUAAAGAGGAAUUGGAAAGAAGGAGAAGGAUACCCUAUGACUCAGUUGAGCGAACUAUCUAUAUAAAAACCAAUUAUAAACCUCUCCACCCAGAUAUUUUUGAACUUAAGGAUGAAUUUCUACAUCCAGAUGUUCUCAAUUUACUGCAUCAUGUUAAAGAAAAAAGUAUUGAUAAGGCUGCUCUAGGUAUCCCAUACAGAACACAUGGAGUUGAUGUGUUCUCCUUUCCAAUAUUUAGCUUGGAAUUUUGCAAUAGAUUAGUGUCUGAAAUUGAUCAUUUAAAUGAGACUUCCAUGCCAAAGGGAAGACCCAAUAGCAUGAACAACUAUGGUGUCCUUCUUGAUGAAUUGGGCUUAAAUGAAGGGCUCUUAACACCUCUAAGGAAAAAAUAUUUAGAGCCUAUUAGUCAGUUUCUUUUUCCUGAAGAAAAAGGGAUGGAGUUUGACUCUCAUAAAGUAUUUACUGUUAAUUACGAAGAGAAUAAGGAUACCGAACUGGCUUUCCACUUUGACAAUUCAGAGGUGACUCUGAAUGUUUGUCUUUUGGAAAACUGCGAAGGUGGAGAACUCUUUUUUGGCGCACCUGGCAGCGAUAAGGGUUUUGGCUAUAUUCAUGAGGCAGGAAUGGCUGUGAUUCACCGAGGGUCAGCGCUUCAUUGCGUUUUGCCGUUAUUAUCAGGUCGCCGAGUAAAUUUGGUUAUGUGGAUGCGUUCCUCAUCAGUUCGUAAUUUAACGUGUCCCAUGUGUGGAAAAACACCAGACCUAGAACCUGUGGAAAAUGGAUGGGGAGAUGGUUUCACCAUCCCCAAUAAACACCCGGCGAACGAGAGAACUUAAACUGAACGUUGUUUCUGGAUCAAAUAUACUUGUUUUAUUACCGA